UGUGUCGGUGCCACGAGCAGUGCCACCUCCACCCGCCACCACCACAACCACCACGCGCCGCCGCCGCCACCACCACACCUGCUCUCUCUCUCACCACCAGCCUUCCUCCCCUCGCUGCCAGUCGUGGCGAGGGGAACACAAGCGGCGGCGGGCUGGCGGUGUCAGGCAGCGGCGGACCGCACCUCACCAUGCGGACUUGUAGCGUCCUCUUAUCUAAGGGGAACCCGCCCCCUCGCAGCGUUCACUGUGCUUGUGUGUCGCUGAAGCAGUUGGCUACAUUUGCCAACUGACCAAUGAGUAAUAUUUUGAUAUAUGUAUAUAUUAUACAUGAAAUAUAUACACAAUAUAAAAUAAGCAAGCUGAUAUCUAAUCUCUGAUGCAAUAACAUCGGAACAUUGAACGAGUAGCGGUGAGAAGCCAAAGGCUGCAAGGAAAAACAAAAACACAUAAUAAUUAUGUUGGAGGGAGAAUGAAUAGAGAACUAGAUGGAUCGCAAAAGCGCUGAGGAGAAAACCGCCAUUGAGUGACCUAAGGUAAAACCCAAGAGAGACGGAAGGUCAGGCGACCUUUCCUCAGUGUGGCAGCCCAGUGAGACUCCCUCCUCACAGAAACACAGAGACGGAGACAUAGAGAGAGAGAGAGAGAGAGAGAGAGAGAGAGAGAGAGAGAGAGAGAGAGAGAGAGAGAGAGAGAGAGAGAGAGAGAGAGAGAGAGAGAGAGAGAGAGAGAGACAUAGACACACCAACACAACGACAACUUUCGACACUGUGGACGAUGACCCACCCCGACGCCAGCACUCGGGUGGCAGGCCUCGCGGACGGCAGCCCUGCCUUCCACACGCCGGCCCUGUUGCCUGCUCUCCUCAGGCUACUGCUUCUCCUGCAGAGCUCCCUGCUGGUCGUCCACGCCUUCGGCGACUACCAAGAGGCAGAGGGAGAUACGACUGUGGUGGAGGCUGUAGCAGGCUACGACGCAUCCCUUCCCUGCACCAUCCACUCCCCACCCAACGAUUCGCCAAUCCUCACACUCUGGUAUAUUGGUGACGAUCAAACGCCCGUCUACAGCUACGACCAGCGACUGCGGGUGAGCGGGGAGUCGUGGGCGGACUCCCAGGUGUUCCAAGGGCGUGCGCACUACCUGGCGCACCUCAACCCACCCGCGAUGCUCAUCAUGCGCACUUCCGUCGACGACGCCCACGUGUACCGAUGUCGGGUCGACUUCAACAACUCUAAUUCCCGCGUAGCGUCGGUCAGACUAAAAGUCAUUGUUCCCCCGGAGAGGGUGGAGAUCAUCUCCCAGUUCUCUCCCGUCUUCCCAGGUGACAAGAAUGAUGUGGUGUGCCGGGCUAUUGGAGGGUCGCCAGCAGCCAGCGUGGUGUGGCGGCAGGGCGGCCGCGUGGUGGACGCCAACAGCACGGUGGAGCACGGGGGAGCCUUCAACAUGUUGGAGGUGCCAGCCUCCCGCACCGACCUCUCCCUCCCCUUCACCUGUCACGCCACCAACAACGACGUCACCGCCCCCGUCACCGCCAACUACACCAGGAAUGUCACCUGUGGUCCCGCCAGUGUGAGGAUCGAGGCGUCGGAGAACCCGCUAGUGGAGGGUCGUGAGGCGGAGGUGACUUGUACGGCAGAAGGCAGCAACCCCCCAGCGCGCGUCAUCUGGUACCAACAGGGCCGCACCGUCGACGCCGACUUCAUUAAUGUGACGCGACAGGACCGGGAGACAAUAAGCGUGCUGAGUUUAGUGCCGACCAGACACCAUCACGGCCGGCAGCUGCUGUGUCGUGCGGAGAACCCCAGUCUUCCCUUAGCCACCAUCGAGGACAUCUUCACCCUCAACGUUGCCUACCGGCCGAAGGCAGUACUGGAGGUGGACUGGCCACGUCGCUCAGAGCUCAUGACGGAGGGUAGCGACCUCUUCCUGGUCUGCCUCGUCGAAGCAAAUCCCAAACCUUACAAGAUCAAGUUCUUCCAUAACGAGGAGGAGCUGGUACCCAACGAGGACGCUGGGGUACUGGUGAAGGAGGCGACGCUAAAACUUGAACACCUCACACGAGAGCACUCGGGCCGCUACCUGUGCGUCGCCUCCAACGUCGAGGGCGACUCGCACAGCAACAACCUCACCAUCAACAUCAAGUACUCACCGCGGUGCGCCAUGACCCCUGGAGUGGUGGGAGUGGCUUUGGGAGAGGUCACCAACAUCACCUGUCACGUCGACGCUGACCCAGACAAUGUCACCUUCAUGUGGACCUUCAACAACGCCGCCAAGAGGGUCAGAAGCCGCGUCAUUGACAGUAAACUGCACAGUGCCUCAGGCUUGACCAGCGUGUUGAGGUACUCCCCGGCCUCCGUCAGAGAUUACGGCGUUCUCUCCUGCUACGCCUCCAACAACCUGGGGACACAGCGGGAACCCUGUACCUUCACCUUAGUCACGGCAGGUCCCCCAGAGAAGGUCAACAACUGUAGCGUGUUCAACGUGACCUCUCACAGUGCCCAAGUGUUCUGUUCCUCAGGGGUCAACAGCGGCCUCACGCCUCACUUUCUGCAUCAGAUCCGGGUAGCGUCGUCAGGAGAGCUGGUGUUCAACAGGACGUCACAACAUCCCUACUUCAAUGUGACGUCUCUGCGUCAGGACGAGACGUACGUCAUCACCGUCGUGGCCUUCAACACCCGCGGCAAGUCUUUUCCGCAGCGGCUCCACCUUCACACCCUCAGGGAGCUUGAGACACACUUGAGUCUGCCGUCCCGACCGGAGCCUCAGCCUCUCAUGUGGGUGAUGGGCGUGGUGGGUGGCGUGGUGGUAGCGGUGAUGGGCGUGGUGGUGGGCGUGUGGUGGGCCAGGGGCAGGCGAGACUCCCACACUCUUCGCAACAGAGAGGAAGGACUCCUCAAGCUCAACAAACCUGAUGUCACAGGUGGAGGGACAGGCGGGGACGGAACAGACGGGCUGUGUGUAAACGGAAUGGUACAGCACACCAUCUAUGACUCCACGGGCAGGUAUAGAGGAUUUGCCCACCUGCAACCGAACGAAAUGUAUCAGAGCAGCUGCAUGAUGGCACCCACUGCGACUCCUGCUGCUCCUGCGGUGAAACCUGAAGCCACAGUGACCCAUUCCAGGUUCUCCCUCAGCAGAAAAGGAAGGCCUUCUGCUGCUCCUUCGGCAGUAGACGCGUCGACCAACGGAGACAAAGAGACCAUGAAUGGCAACAGAGGAGUAACGAGAGGGAGCGAAAUAGGAGAAGGAGGAUCAAGAGAAGCAGGAAACACCGAAGUCGAUGGUGCCGAAGAAGGGAGCAAGAAGAGAGAGGCGCCGUGGAGGAAAGUCAUCAGCCAGUUGACUAGUCCUCACGACUCUAAGUUCUUCGAGGUUUGGAAGGUCGCAGCGUCGAGGCAGUCCCGCCAGUCUACGCCCUCUGAAAGUAUUUUAUAAGUUUUAAUGGGAAAGAUAAAGGAGAGAGAGAGACAGAAAGAGAGAGAGAGAACUUCAUUACGUGGCAAUGUCGAAGCUUGAUCAAAAUUACCUUUAUAAAUAGUGACCAAAAGAUGUCUACUGAAACUGUUAUAGAUUUGCAGUUCUGUGGACGAGUUCGUAAUAUAUGUUAACGAGAGGUGUGACAAGAGGACCACGUUGAUAUCUUGGAGGCUGAAGUAGGGUUCUGCUCUAUUUUGUCGCGUUCCGAUCUUUUUUAUACUCUGAUUUGACUCUAGUCGUGACCUGUGAUUUUGUAAACAUCGACCUUAUCCUGGAAAAUAAUAACUAAAGAGCGUUUUAUAAUUGAUAUUUCAGUUAUUAAUUAUUACUUCUUUAGUAAAAAUAAACAUUAUUUUCAAGUUAUACGGAUAUAUGGUAACACACUAUGGCAAAGCUCCUUCAGAGUGUCAACAAGAAAUUAGCGUAAAACAUAUAUAUAAAUUAACAUUAUAGCGAUGAUGCAAUUGUCGCAAUAAUCACGUGACUGUUCAAUUGCUGAAAUGAUUUACCGGAAAAAUAAUUCCUGCUCCGUGCUGUAUCUCUGUAAAUAAAUGUGCCAAAGAAUCGGUAAAUAAAUUUUGACGAGGACGACCUUGAGGUCGUCCUCGUGCACCCGUC